AUGUUCCGGCAGGUACGAACACUAGCCAGUGGCACUGACGCCAUCUUGGCAGCUCGUAAAGAUGUCAAUCGAAUGCUAGAAACUUAUGAUAGGUCCUCCUAUAUUCUUGGACACUAUAUUCCAGAGCCAGCUAGAGAUGCAUUUUUGGCGAUCCGAGCAUUCAAUGUUGAAAUUAACAAGAUCCACGACGGCGGAAACAACCCCGAAUCAGUGAGCUCGCGUGCUUCAUCACAACUUUCCAACUCUAUGGGAAUCACAACUUCUGACAUCAAGUUUCGCUUUUGGACUGAUAUGCUCACCAGAGCAUUCACCCAGCCCGAUUCAACUAGAGAUAUUGGUGAACCCAUCUGCACAUUAUUGAGGGAAGCAGUCCGCAACGACAUGAACUUGGACAUCUCUUACUUUCACCGAAUCAUGCAAACCAGACGUCAGUUUCUCAAUGACAGACAGUUCCAGACAGUUGAUGCUAUAUGCUCCUAUGGAGAGGGAACAUACUCACAAUUGAACUACGCAACCCAAGGACUUCUUCUCUCGCCUUCAAUAUCUCCCUCAUCCAUAAGGCUUCUCGAGAACUCACCAGACUUACAAACUACCGUGAGUGACAUUGCUGCCCAUAUAGGCCAGGCCACUGCAGUGAGCUCAAUGAUCUUGGGGCUCGAAUACUACUCAAAGACGAAAAACUUGGUGACUUUGCCGGUGGACAUAAUGACCAAAUUUGAUCUUUCACAGGAGUCUGUGCUAAGAUUGAUGAACGGUCACACCGAAAACACUCAAGAGCUUCGCGAACAGCUCAAAAAUGUGGUUUACGAAACAGCAAUUACCGCUAACGACCAUAUGAUCACCGCCAGAACCAAAUUGAAAAACUUGAAAGAGGGUAUUGUCGAAACUGUUCGCAGUCAAAGUGACGACGAACUUCUUCAGCGCCACUCCAGAAAUUGGAGAAAAAACGUCCCAGAUGCAAUUUUCACCCCGUUCAUGGUGGCUGUGCCCACAUCUUUAUACUUGCGAAAACUUGAACGAUUUGAUUUUGAUAUUUUGCACCCAAAGUUCAAUCAGAAAGAAUGGAGAUUGGCAUGGACCUCGUUCCGCAAUUACUACCAGCGCAGAAUAUGA